AUGGGCAGACACGGGAGGGCCAAGGCCUGCCGACCAGAGUCCGGGAGGCGGCUGGGCCACGUCCCGGCCCCAGAGGCGGCCAUCGCGCUUUCCGGGCACGGACGUCCCCUCGAGGACGCGUCCUCGUCUCCGGCGACGCUCCGCGCUACGGCGCCCGCCUACGCUCUACCAGAGACACGGCCGCAGCUGCGUCGCGACGCUCACCGAUGCCGCCUCUGUCGCGACGCGCGCUUCCUGUCUGCGCUGAGGCGUGAUCGUCUGAAACCCAGCCCUCUACGUGACCAAGGAAGCAGUACAUGCGAGGAGCCGGUGUCGGGCGGCGACAUGGCGGUGUUCGCGUCGCGCGCCGGGCCCGCCGCGUGCUGGCACCCCGCCUGCUUCACCUGCUGCGUCUGCCGCGAGCUGCUGGUCGACCUCAUCUACUUCUGGAAGGACGGCCGCCUCUACUGCGGCCGACACCACGCCGAGACGCUCAAGCCGCGCUGCUCCGCCUGCGACGAGAUCAUCCUGGCGGACGAGUGCACGGAGGCGGAGGGCCGGGCGUGGCACAUGAAGCACUUCGCGUGCUUCGAGUGCGACCGCCAGCUGGGGGGGCAGCGGUACAUCAUGCGCGACGGCCGCCCCUACUGCCUGCACUGCUUCGACGCCAUGUUCGCCGAGUACUGCGACUCGUGCGGGGAGCCCAUCGGCGUCGACCAAGGCCAGAUGAGCCACGAGGGCCAGCACUGGCACGCCACGGAGCAGUGCUUCUGCUGCCACACGUGCCGCGCCUCGCUGCUGGGCCGGCCCUUCCUGCCGCGCCGCGGCGCCAUCUACUGCAGCAUCGCGUGCAGCAAGGGCGAGCCGCCCACGCCGUCCGACAGCUCGGCCGGCCCGGCGGGGGGCGGCGGCCCGCGGCGGCGCGCGCCCUCCGAGUCGAGCGCCAGCGCCAGCCUGACGCCGCCGGGGUCGCCCGACGCCGCCUCCAGGCUGCGCCGCCCCCACCACCGGCCGCAGCCGCCGCCGCCCGCCCCCGCCGCCGCCUCGCCGCCCGCCCUGCGACGCCACCAGCCGCGUCACGCCACCAGCUCGGCGCAGUCGCCGCCGCCGUCGCAGCUGACGCCGCCGCCGCAGCUGUCUCCGCGGCGGCUGUCCCCGUCGAGGGCGGCGCCGUGCCAGUCGCCCACGGCCAGCCACCACUCCUCGCAGUCGCAGUCCCCGACGCCCAGCCUGCAGGCGUCGCCACUGCGCAGCCCGCCGCCCACGCGCUCGCCCAAGAUGGGGCGGCGCGCGCUGCAGCGGGACCGCGCGGGCGCCGCCUCCGCCUGCAAGGCGCUGCCCCCGACGCCGCCUCCGCCCCCGCCACCCGCGCCUGACCCGCCGCCUCCGCCGCCAGCCAGCGAGCCGCCGCAGUACAACAUACAGCCCUCGCCGUCGCCAGCUGGGAAGGGGCUGGACCGUGUGUUACUGGAGCGUAACCUCGAGCGGCUGCUUUCGGAGCACGGUGGUGGAUCCUCGGGGCCUGGCAGCAUGACAGCGGGUCCAAUGGAUGCGCAGCCCGCUGGCUGCAACCCAGAUCUGGAGAGGUUGUUGCACGCACGCGACCGUAGCCGUGAGCCACUGCACUUGGCCGAACUCAGCCUCAGCCUGGACGCGUGGAAGCCACCACCGCCCCCAGCACCGCCUCCUCCACCCCUGCCCACACCUGCACCUCAGCAGAGCUCACCCGUGCCAACCACCCCACUCCCCGAGGCUACGCCUGACAUUCUGCCACGUAGGCCCACACCACCCCCACCUCACCAUCACCACUUCCCAUUACCCCAGCAGCAGCAGCAGCAGCAGCAGCAGCAAUCACCACUACCACAGCAACCGGCUUCACCCUCACGGCGGCAGGGCAAGGCAAGCAAGGGUCAGCUAAGCGUGCGUUUCCAGGGUGACAGGCACGACGAUAUCGAUCGCGACAUUGACGAUGCAGAAGAGGGCGCUGCUGCAGUUUCCAGCGUGUCGGCGUCGGCAACACUGUCGUCGUCCCCGAGCCGGCACCGGACGACGUUCCCACGCAGCAGGAGCUACUCGGGCAGGUCGCGCUACCGUGACCGGGAUCGUGACUACAGCUAUGGCUACGAAGACUCACGGAGGGCGCGCGGGCCGCGCAAGACCAACUCUGAGAGCCACGUGCCCAGUGGCAGCGCUGCGCGCUUCCCACUUCCGCCGUCGUCGUCAGCAGACCGUGACGAUGCAGACAGUUACUGCUCCACCUGCUCCUCUAGCUCCAGCAGUGACGAAUACGCCUACGAGCUGCCACCGAGGCGCGCCUACGGUGGUGUCCGCAUCUCGUACGUGCCCAAUGAUGCACUGGCGUGCGCCCGCCGUCAGCAGCAAGCUGCGUCUGCAGCCCCCAAGUCACCUACAAAGAAGAGUGGUGCCGCUGAUGACAAGGACAAGAACUGCACCAUCUCCUGAUCCCGGUGUCCUCCACCGCCUGUGGAAUCCCAGCGGCGCUGAUCGUACCUGGCAGCGAGUACAGUUCCUGGUUCUAUGGCUGCUCCUCUGACACUGUACGGAUGGUGGCUCUUCUAUUAGAGAGCUGUGAAGACUGUGUGAAAUGUUUUGAAGUGUGACAUGUACUCGCAGACAGAAUAAGAACUACGCAAACUGUAAUAGCUCCUCUUUGUUACGGUCCAAUAAUUCUAUAGUUUGCCCUCAUUGUUUUACUCUCACCCACAUGAUCUCCAAGCAAGAAAGUAAUUCAAAUUCAGUGAUAAGGCAGCUAGAAAUAUGAUUUGUGAUGCUGAUAUUUACUAUAAAUCUAAUUUUCCUAGAAUGAACCUCUCACUUGGCUUUGGGUGAACCACUGAAGUGAAGCUUAAUGAGAAAAAAAUUUGUGUCACACUGCUAAUUGAGCCUCGAAAAAAAAUAUGCUGUGAUGUGAUCCAUGAGACAUGAAAUUUAGAUGA